AUGCUCUCUCGUAUCGCCUACCUCUUUGCGUUCAUCGCUUCUGUGGUAUUUGUUCAGGCGCAAGAUGAUGCUUGGCAUUUGGAUUAUAUCUAUGUCCUCGCCAAUGAGGAGAUAGAUCCCAUCGUCUCUCCCAACCAGCAAUCUUCACACAUGCACAAGAUUAUUGGUGGUUCCAGGAUGGCGGCCUUUUACAACUCGGAUUAUUAUACUUCCGCCUCUUGUUCGUCGCUUCGACAACAAGCUGACAAGUCUAAUUAUUGGAUGCCCAAUCUUUAUGUUGUCGACUCGAGCACCGGAAAAUUCGUGCCCGUCCCCGCACAUGUCCGAUUCUAUUAUUUCCUCGCUCGUAACUCUCAAUACCAAUACGUCAGCCCAUUCCCUAAAGGCUUGCGGAUCUUGACCGGUAACCCCAAUAAUAAAUCACCCACCAACGUCGCUCAAUUCACAUGUCAGGUAAAUGAGGACUUUUCCAAUUCCCUCGUCGCCAACAAUUUCAACUUCAACCGUGAUUGUCCCUGGGGUAUGAAGACCGAGUUGUUCUACCCUCCAUGUUGGGAUGGUGUGAACUUGUACAAGUCCGAUGGCUCCCAUAUGGCUUGGCCCGAUAAUGGUGUUCGAAGUGGUUCUUGCCCUUGGUCCCACCCUGUUCGUCUUCCCGCCAUCCAAUUGGAGUACACUUGGAUGACUUCCAACUACAACCCCGGUCAAGCUCUUGCUGGUAACCUUGCUUGGGCUAAUGGAGAUACCACUGGUUACGGGGUUCACGGUGACUUCGUCGAAGGUUGGGACCAACCUGUCCUUGCCAAAGCUCUGAACGCUACCGGAUGUGUCGACCUCGGCCAUGCUAUUACCAUGGGCGAAUGUCCCGUCCUGAAUGCUUAUUUCGACGACGCCAAAGCUCAAGCCUGUAAACCUGAGCGAGGUGAACUGCAAGAGUCCUUCGGCAAUUUGGACAACGUCCCCAUCCCUCGACUCCCAGGUUGUAACCCUCUCUGGGGUGCUUCCGGUGCCAAACCGGGCUGUAACCCUGCGAUCGCUGGACUCGAUGUCUCCUCCAUGACUGGUUCCGACGGACCCUAUGUCGCAUCAGCUGCAGACAACAAGCAAUUCAAACUCCCCACAACCCCCGGUUGGACCAACAUUGCUUGUUUGAAAGAUAUCAGCUCCGUUACUGGUGGUGUUUCUUACACCGAUUCCGCCAUGACUGUCGAGUCUUGUCAAUCAUCUUGUUUAGCUGCGGGAUACCAAUACGCCGGUACCGGUCAAGUCGGUGCUUGGAAUUGUGUAUGUGGUAAUGCCAUUCGAUCUACUGCAAGUGUCUACCCUGGAAUGUGUACUACCCCUUGUCCUGGUAACAGCAAGCAACAAUGUGGUGGUUCUUAUAUAUUCAACGUCUGGUACGCUGCGAACGGCACCGCUCAAAACUCCACCACCCUUGCCGACGGCUCUCAAUAUCUUGGUUGUUACAACAACCCUAGCACAGCUUCCAAUGGUCUCCUUGGUUCAUCUACUUACAACUUCCAGUCCGGUUCGAUGACCACCGAGACUUGUAUCGCGGCUUGUCACAAUAUGAAAACAAACUGGGCAUUAACAACCUCUGCUAAAUGGUGUUAUUGCGGUAACGACUGGAACUUUGGAACCGGUGCAAUUGUACCCUCCUCCUACUGUACAGUAGCCUGUACCGGAAACUCCACCGAGAAAUGUGGUGAUUACUAUCGAUCGUCCCUUUAUAACAUUUCCGAAGCCAACGUUGAGAAAUCUUCCGUCUACCACCCUACCGGAUGGCAAGGUUGUUACCAAGAUCUAAGUGGACAUCUCGCUCUUACCAACAACUCCUGGUCUGGAACCAUCACACCUCAGAGCUGUAUCAACGGUUGUUCCGAACUCGGUUACACCUAUGCUGGUGUUGAGAACGGAAAGACUUGUUACUGUGGAUCAUCACCUCAAACAACUCAACGACUCCCCGUCAGUCAAUGUUCGACUGCCUGUACCGGUAACUCCACAGCUGUAUGUGGUGGAGCCAGCGCCAUGGACCUGUAUACUACCGCUGCUGCCAAUACUACGGUUGACACUGUCAAGGCCAGCAAGCCGGCUGGGUACCUCGGUUGUUUCCAAGAUUCCGGUUCUAAUAUCGCUUUCCCCAACUACUACUCUUACACCGUCAACCCGAUGUCCGUCGAGAUUUGCAAGCAAUCAUGUUUGGAACUUGGCUAUUCCUACGCUGGUGUCGAAAAUGGUAACCAAUGUCGAUGCGGUAACAACGUUCCCAAGACCACUCAGUAUGUUGGAAAUCUCUACUGCAACAAGGCUUGUUCCGGCAACUCCUCCGAGACCUGUGGGGCCGGGGGUUUCCUUGAAGCCUAUACUCUUGACGCCGCGUCAAUAAGUCCAGUCAUGCCCGGUCAAUCCGCUGCAGACUAUGUCACUUGUUACGAAAACUCCAAUCGAGGUCUCACCAACUACACCUACUACGACAACGGCAUGACCGUUGAGAAAUGUAGAACAACAUGUAGCGAGUUUGGUUACGGUCUCGCUUCAGUCUAUCUCAGCAAGUAUUGCGGUUGCGGUAACGCCUGGACAGGUGCUACUCAAAAAUACCCCUCUAGCUCUUGUCAAUACUACAAGUGCGGUGGUAAUUCUACCGAGUAUUGUGGUGGUCAGACUCAAGCGGCUGUGUACAACACCUCAGAGGUGACCGUGGUCAUCAACAAACCCGACGGCUGGGUCUCAUGUUGGACCGAUUCUGGAUCUGCUAGAACCCUUCAGGAUUACUCGUACUCGGCCACACCCAUGUCUGGGAAGGCGUGCCGAGUUGCUUGUGCCAAUCAAGGAUACGCCUACGCCGGUACUGAAUCUGGUAACCAAUGUUUCUGUGGCAACAAGAUCGCAGGUGGUGCCAAAGCGCCUACUUCCUCUUGUAACACUCAAUGUAGCGGAUACGCCAACGAGACCUGCGGUGCUUCUGGCUACAUGGACUUGUACAAUGCAACCGGCGCCGCAGCCAACAACGGUAUUAAAGGUUAUCUCGGUUGUUUCACCGAUGAUUCUGCCUUCAACGGUAAUUCCUACGUCAGUGACUGGAUGACCGUCGACUCUUGUAACCAAUGGUGUUAUGCCAGAGGUUCCGCCUAUGCUGGUGUCCGAAACGGUAACCAGUGUAAGUGUGGUAGCGUCGCCCCUACCCUCGUUACCACCACCGCUUCUUGUAACAACCCUUGUUCCGGUAACUCGACUCAAAAUUGUGGUACCGCAUCGACCAUCGCAACCUAUCAACUGUCCAACACUGGUAUCAAAUCAGGCGACUAUCCUGUCACCUCUAACAGUACAGGAUACGUUGCCUGUUACCACGAGGGGUCUUCCAAAUUACUGCCUACUUACUACUUCUCCUCAUCGUCCAUGACCAACGAUCUCUGUAUCUCCAACUGUAAAUCCCUUGGUUACGCCUUUGCCGGUAGUGAGUAUGGAACUCAAUGUUACUGUGCCGCCAAACUCGAUCCUGCAUCCGCUGGUUACCGCGUGGCCGAAAGUCAAUGUUCGAUGCAGUGUGGAGGCAAGACUGGUAUUUGUGGAAAUGGUAACGUUCUUUCGGUUUACUCAACCGCCAACGCCACCAUUUCCACUCCAAGUGUUGAAGGCCUCAAAGGAUGUUACGCUUCCGGUACAUUCGGUCAAGCACCUCCGCUUUCAUACUCUGGUGGUUACAUGACCUCGGAUCUUUGUCGAAGAGCUUGUCGAAACGGUGGCUUCUCUAUGGCUGGUCUCACCAACGGUAACACUUGUGUAUGUGGUAACAGCGCCACCUACGGUGCUGCCGCUGCUCCCGCAACUUGUAACGCCCCCUGUCAAGGUAACACCACUCAAACCUGUGGAGCCACCUUUUCCUCAGCUUGGUCCAUUUACGAUACUACCGGAGCCGGUUCUCAAACACCUUCUGGAUUCCCUGCCAACUAUAUCGGUUGUGUCAAUGACGGGUCUCCCCGUGUUUUACCCAACUAUUCGAUCACUAACGGUGGUAUGUCCACUGACAACUGUCGAAAGAUUUGUGUUGCUGCUGGUUACAACAACUACGGAACAGAGUCUGGUACUCAAUGUUACUGUGGUACAACCAAACCAGUCUCACCAUUAUUACCCGACACCCAGUGUAACACCAAGUGUCCUGGUGCUCCCACAGAAAGCUGCGGUGCUGGUGGUAAAUUAUCACUGUAUUCCAUCAGCGGCGCAUCGACUCCCAACACCACCGCUUCGGUCACCGCCAGCGCUUCCGCCUCUGCCUCCAAGUCUGCCAGCUCUUCAGUCUCAUCCGUUUCGAAAGCCGCCUCGUCCGUCACUGCUCCAGUCACCAGCAGCAUCUCAAAGGCUUCUUCCGUCUCCAGCAGUGUCUCCAAGGCCGCUUCGACCUCGAGUAGCGCGAGUUCCAGCAGCGCCUCCAAAGCUGCUUCGACCUCAAGUAGCGCGGUGAUCAGCAGCGCCUCCAAGGCUGCUUCAUCGGUCACUGUCGCCUCCUCUAGCACUGUGAAACCCUCUUCGGUCACUUCCGCAUCAACGACCAAGGCUUCAUCGGCUGCGCCCACUUCCAGCAGUACUUCCAAAUCUGCCAGCAGCAGUAGUUCAUCAAAGGCAUCGAUACCCGCUGGCGGAGCAAUAGCGACUGGCGGUACUCUUAGUGUCACAACGUCAACUUCUCCUUCGGCCGUGACUAAACCCGCGACCUCCAGUGUGACUGUAGCUAGCUCCAGUAAAGCUGCAACAAGCAAAGCGGUCACGGUUACUUCCACCACCACCGUCAAGUCUUCCACUGCGUCGUCGAGUACCACCACAUCCACCGCUGCUAUCCCAACUGGAACUGCUCUUGGAUGUUACACCGGCAGUAACACCGCCUUCUCGUCUUCAGUCAUGACAGGACACGACAACCUCACACCUGGCAUGUGUCAAAUCUGGUGUAACGCCAAUUACUACACAUACUCUGGUCUCUCUGGAGGUAACACUUGUGGAUGUUCCAACACUUUAACCGGGUUGACAUCAGCUUCCUCGACAAGCUGUUCCACCAAGUGUUCCGGUGACGGCACCCAGAACUGUGGUGGAACGUUGAACGCUACUUACUCCGUUUACCGAGCUCAAGCUGCGAGUCGACCAGCUAAAAGAUUCGACUCUGAUUCAGCCUCGAUCCGUCGACCAAGAGAUAAAGCCGAGAGAAGAAUAGUGCAUGCUCCUCGAGUCGAACAUCAACGGGAAGCUGUGAACAAGAAAAGGGGAAAGGGCAUCUUUGCUAAGUGGUAA